AUGAGGCGUGGGUCAAAGCAGAAAAGUCAGGACAGCACGGGCUGUUCUCUGCUGAGUCCGCAAGAGAAUGAACAAGUGAUUGAUCUGCUGGGCAGGAGAUGUGUGCCUAUGUGUACAACAGUGGUGCAGUUGUUCAUGGCACUGCCACACAGCCCCUCCAUCUGGACUCUGCAGCAUACAGGCAUUCUCUGCUUUGUCAAAGAUAAUCCCAAUAGGUCUUACUUCAUCCGACUCUUUGAUAUUAAGGCGAGUAAACUUAUAUGGGAGCAGGAGAUUUAUAACCAGUUCACCUACUGCAAAGCCAGGUCGUUCUUCCACACGUUUAAUGCAGAUGACUGUCAGGUGGGAUUAAACUUUGCAAAUGAGCAAGAAGCUGACCGCUUUUUCAAUGCAGUGGAUGACAAGAUCAAUCAAAGAUGUAAACAACUGGAGAAGCGCAAUCGAAAAAGCCAACGAGAUCAUGAUGGAUUUCCUUUAUCAUCUUCAAAUGAUGGUGGGAACAGUCCAUUCCCAUUGGAAAACAUCCAGAAUCAAGCAGCCCCAUCAAAAUCAAAGAAAGAGAAAAAGUCGAAGGAGAAAAAAAACAAAAAGAAGGGCUCUAAAAUAUCCAAGGAGUUAAUUGGAGCUCCCAGUGGAUUUACUCAUGUUAGUCAUGUUGGUAUGGAAACCAACAGCAUAGAUCCGGACCUGAUGCAGUUGCUGUCGCGUGCUGGAAUCAGUGAGGCAGACAUGAAUGACUCAGAGACCUCUCAGCUCAUUUAUGAUGUCAUUGAGCGCUCCGGUGGAAUGGACGCUGUUAAAAAAGAAUUGAAUCAGCAGGAACGUCCUCUACCACCACCUCCCAGCACUCGUCGGACCUCUCUCAACACUGCUUCUCCUUCAGCUCCUAUUCCCUCUCAGCCUCGUCUAGGGCCCUUACCCCCUCCUCCUGGAGGAACACAGUUUAAUGAAACCCCAAGGUCCUCUGUAAGGCGCUCAGGACCCUUACCACCACCCCCAGGCCAAGCAACACAAGGUGGACGGAAAGGGGCUUUACCUCAACCACCAGCUGCUGCAACCAUGCCAGCAAGAGGUGGUUCCUUACCUCCAGUGUCAGGUGGGCAUAGUGGCCCUCCGCCCCCUGUACCAGGAGAACGAGCUUUGCCUGCUCUACCUUCUCGUAGUGGACCCUUCCCUCCUCCUCCAGGAAGAAGUAGUGGACCCCCACCCUUUCCUGAAGGAGCACGUAGAGAAUCUUUACCAUCAGUUCCAGGAGGUCAUAAUGGAUCCAUGCCUCCAGUUCCAGGAGGACGAAGUGGACCUCCACCCCCAUCUCUACCAGGAAGACGAACUGGAUCUUUACCCCCACCUCCAAGCAGUCAUUCACGGCCACCUCCACCACCUGAAACGUUUCUUCCUCCUCCUCCAGUUGACUUUCUCCCACCACCAGAGUGUGAAGACCUACCACCACCCCCUGUUUCAUUUGACUCCCAAACAUAUCCUCAAACAUAUGACCAGUAUUCCUCAGACAUGGAUUCAUAUCCUCCACCUGUUUCAGUUAAUUCCAGCAAAGGAGGUCCUCCUCCUCCACCACCUCCUCCACCACCUUCUGCUCCACCACCUUCUGCUCCACCACCACCCAAUUUAGGAAGCAGUCCAGCUCCUCCUGUAGCCAGCAGUGGCGGAGAAGGAGGAAGAGGAGCAUUACUGGACCAGAUACGCUUAGGAACAAAGCUCAAAAUGGUAACCGCCAACCCCAAUCCACCCCCAUCUGCCACAGGGGAUUCAGAAGAGGGAAUAGUAGGAGCCCUCAUGAUGGUCAUGCAGAAGAGAAGUCAAGCCAUCCGCCCCUCAGAUGAUGAAGAUGAAUUUGAUGAUGAGGAAGAUGAUGACGAUGAGUGGGACUAAGAUAAGUUCAAGUGAAGGACAGCAUCCCAAUAAACAUCUUUUGGUGCAAAUCACAAUCACUGUCUGAAAAUGUACAUGAAGGAAAAGAACACACUGGACUAACAAUCUCACUGUAACAUCCAUAACUUCUACAAAUCUAGACUUUUAUUACAAACUAUUUCAUUUAUUAAUAAAGUACAGAUUACGUUUGUUGUAAUUUUUAUGUUAAAUAAGAAGCAGUUUACUAGAGAAGCCCUGCAAUGGAUUGGUGCCCUGUUUAGGGUUUUCCUGCCUUGCGCCCAUUGGAUGUGCUAUGACCCUGAGCAGGAUGAAUUUAAUUUCAUUGUGUCAGAUUAAAAAUGUGAAGUAAAUACUUUUUUCAGUUGAUGUACAAAAAUGUGCAGACUAAGUCUAAAUUAGAGAGGAACAUACUGAAAAAAGGAUACAAGACCAUCUCAAAGGCACUAAUUGUGCCAUGAAGAGCAGUGUAGUCCAUUAUAAAGAAGAGAACAUGAAACUACAGUCACACUACACAGCAGCAAUAUCUAGAGAUCCAAUCAGGAUUAACAGGAAAAACAGGAAUCACAGUAUAGAGAUUGAGGAUGAAAAAUUACACACCUUUGUUUGAGUUAUUGGAAGAACUAAUAAGAAAGUUUCUAUUUAUUUUAAAAUUUAAAAAACUCUUGUCCAGGCCGCUCAGGUGGAGCAGCGGUAAAAACACACGCUGCAACCAGAGCUGGGAUCUCAAAUACAUCGUAUCGAACCUCAGCUCUGCCUUGCCAGCUGAGGCUGAGCGGCCACAUGAACAACGAUUGGCCUGUUGUUCAGAUGGGCGGAACUAAGCCAGAUGUGGGUCUCUCUCUGUCGGACUGGUGCAAUUACGACCUCUGCUGGCUGAUUAGAGUCGCCUACACAGAGAUGAGGAAAGAGUGCUCUUAGGGUGUGUCUCUCCGUACACAACGUUAGGUGGCACAACACUCGUCAAUGUGUGGGUGAUAAGAUGCAUACGGCUUGCUGCUCAUGUGUCGGAGGGGUUGUGGGUUAGCUUCGAUCUCCUCGGUCAGAGCAGGGAUCGGCAUAGGCGGAGAGAAAGCAUGAUGCAAUUGGGUAAAUUGGACGCGCUGAAAGGGAGAAAAAGGGGAGAAGUGUCCAGAUCUUAACCCUGUUUAAAUGUGUGGUGAGGCCUGGCAGAGCUUAAAGAGCAAUUAAUCAAAUCUGCUGCAUUAAUUAUUUAGAACUUAUGCAAAUACAUUACUGACUGUAACUAAUACAUGUUUUGCUAUUUACUUAAAAUUAAUCUGAACAGUUGUGGAUUAUGGGUCAAGAGUGGUGACCAGGAUUUGAAAACACAACCUACUGUGUUAACCUACUGUAACUGCUUCCAAAGUUGGGUUCACUAAUUAUUAAACAAAG